AUGGCUACGAUGCCGCACAAGAUCGACGACGCCGACAGCAAACCUACCGAGGGCAUCAUCACCACCACCGCCGCUACGACAACAGCAACAACAACCAAGACGACAACAAACGACACCACGAGCCCCACCAACGACAUCCCCACCACCCCGACGCCGACGACGCCAACGCCAACGCCAACGCCGACGACGACGACGCCCGCCAAACCCUCGACAGCCCCCUCCCCCCCCUCCUCCACGAGACCAACCCCGACGACGACGACCACGACCACCACCCCCCAAAACCGCCACACCACCAACGCCAACACCUCUUCCUCCUCCACCGCCCCACCCAAACGCACCACCAUCCCCCUCGCCGACGGCUGGACCCUCGUCAGCACCACAAAAUCCCACCACCACCGCCAAUUGAAGAACCGCCGCAGACAAAACCGCAAAAACAAAGACGGCGACGACGACGACAUGCAGCAGACGACGACCACCAGCACCACCACCGGUGGAAACGGAGGAGGAGGAGGAGGAGGAGGAACAGGACGCGGUGGAUACUAUUCCAGCCCGGCGGAGCGGCUGCGCGCGGCGCACGAGCCGGCGGGGCCGGCGAAGCGCAUGCCCGGGGUGGGGAAAGAGCGGUUGCUGGAGCGGCUGGGCAAGUUUCGGGAGAGGUGGGGGGAGUGCGGGUGUAGGAGGGGGAUCGGGGGGGUGUUGGGGAGGGCGGGGGUUGUGGUUGGUGCGGGUGGUGGUGGUGAGGGCGAGGAUGGGGAGAAAAGGGAGGAACGGGAGGGGGAAAGGGAGGACGGGGAGGACGGGGGCGGCGGCGCCAGGAGGAAGCCGGUGGGGAUACGGAAUGCGGUGUGCAUCGGGUUGGGGAGCUUGAGCGUGGAUAACGUGGCGGCGGGGGUGAGGAGCAUGUGGCAGCUGGUGUGCUUUUUGGAUAUCGUGGGCAUGUUGAAUGCUGGUGGUGGCGGUGGUGCUAGUGGUGGUGGUGGGGACGGUGACGGUGGGGUCAAGAUGUAUGCGGAGGAUCCGGUCUUCAACGAUCUGGACGUCGAGGUCUUCGAGGAGCUGGGCAUCACGGUCGUGCAGGGGUUGAGGAGCACGGAUGGCAGCAGGCAGGAGGGUGCGGCGCAGUUCAUCGAGCCCGACAGCUUCGUCUUCGCGCCCUUCAUGCCGAGUUUCAUGGUGCUGGAGGAUUUCUUGGCGGACAGGGACCCCGCGAUUUAUGUCGGGAACGACGUGCAGGCUACGCUUGAGUUGGCGAGGAGUCAGGUGCGGUACAGCGGAGACGUCGAUGAGCGCACCAGGAGGUGCAUCAGGGUUGCUGAGGAGUUCCUCGCACAGGGGAGGGAGGUCGUGACGCUACCCGAGUUCGACCUCCACGAGCACGCUCUCGCGGGCCAGAUGAUCUAUUGGAGAAAGCCAGCCGAGGAGUCGUAG